AUGCCUGUGAGGGGUACACUAGGUUGGUCUCAUUCCCAGACAUUCUUGAUGCUCAGGGCCAUCAAGAUGGGUGACAAGGAGAUCGACUACAACCCCAAGUUCCGCCUGAUCCUGCAAACGAAACUGGCCAACCCCCACUACAAGCCCGAGAUGCAGGCGCAAACGACCAUCAUCAACUUCACGGUGACGCGCGACGGCCUCGAGGAGCAGCUGCUCGCCGAGGUCGUGAAGGCCGAGCGGCCCGACCUGGAGAGCCUCAGGAUGGAGCUGACCACGAAGCAGAACUCGUACAAAAUUGAGAUCAAGAAUCUCGAGGAUGAGCUGCUGCAGAGGCUGAGCUCGGCGGGCGACAACGUGCUCGCCGACAAGGCCCUGGUCAUCAACCUGGAGAAGACCAAGCGAACGGCAGAGGACAUCGUUGUCAAGGUGGAGGAGUCCAAGGUUACGGGGAAGCGCAUCGACGAGGCCCGAGAGCACUAUCGCCCAGCGGCGGCUCGGGCAGCCCUUCUCUACUUCAUCCUCAACGACCUACACAAGAUCAACCCCGUCUACCAAUUCUCGCUCAAGGCGUACACGGUGGUGUUCCACCGCGGCAUACAGCUCGCCGCGCCCGCCGACACGCUGCAGGCCCGCGUGCACAACCUCAUCGACUCCAUCACGUACCAGACCUACAUCUACACCAGCAGGGGGCUCUUCGAGGCGGACAAGCUCAUCUUCAUGACGCAGAUGGCUGUGCAGGUGCUGCUCAAAGCUCAGGAAGUGGAGCCCGUUGAACUGGACUUCCUUCUGCGCUACCCGUUCGUCACCAACCUGCAGAGCCCGAUCGACUUCCUGUCCGACACCUGCUGGGGCGGGAUCGUCGCUCUUUCGAACAUGCCCGAGUUCAAGAACCUAGACAAGGACAUCGAGGGUGCCGCCAAGCGCUGGAGGACGUUCGUUGAGUCCGAGGCUCCCGAGAAGGAGAAGUUCCCCGGGGACUGGAAGGGCAAAUCGGCGCUGCAGCGGUUGUGCAUGAUGCGCGCGCUGAGGCCCGAUCGGAUGAUCUACGCCACGCAGGCGUUCAUAGAGGAAAAACUGGGAUCGAAGUUCAUCGAGUCUCGGUCGAUUCCGUUUGAAAAAUCUUUCGAGGAGAGCAGUCCUACGACACCAACGUUCUUCAUUUUGUCCCCGGGCGUUGACCCCCUCAAAGACGUGGAGAAACUUGGACGGAAGAUGGGCUUUACUUCCGACAAGCGCAACUUUCACAACGUAUCGCUAGGGCAGGGCCAGGAGCCAGUGGCAGAGAAGGCAAUGAAGCGAGCAGCUAAGAAGGGGCAUUGGGUCAUACUACAGAAUAUUCACCUUGUGGCCAAUUGGCUGCCGAGCCUGGAGAAGAGGAUGGACAAGUGCGCAGAGCAUCCCCAUGACAACUACCGGCUGUUCAUGAGUGCCGAGCCCGCUCCCGCGCCCGAGUUCCACAUCUUGCCUCAGGGCGUGUUGGAGUCUUCCAUCAAAAUUACCAACGAGCCCCCCACGGGCAUGCACGCCAACCUCCAUAAAGCAUUGGACAACUUUUCGCAAGAGACCCUCGAGAUGUCCACCAAGGAAGCCGAAUUCAAGUCGAUCCUCUUCGCUUUGUGCUAUUUCCACGCUGUCGUCGCGGAGCGUCGCAAGUUCGCUGCGCAGGGUUGGAAUCGAGUGUACCCGUUCAACUUUGGUGACCUGACCAUAAGCGUCAACGUGCUUUACAACUACCUGGAGGCAAAUAAUAGGGUGCCAUGGGAGGACUUGCGGUACCUCUUUGGUGAAAUCAUGUACGGCGGUCACAUCACUGACGACUGGGACCGACGCCUCUGCGCUACGUACCUAGAAGAAUACCUACAGGCUGAGCUGGUUGACGGUGACCUGAUGCUGGCGCCGGGCUUUACGUCCCCGCCCAACUCCGACUACGCGUCGUACCACCAGUACAUCGACGACUACCUGCCCCCCGAGAGCCCCAUGCUGUACGGGCUGCACCCCAACGCGGAGAUCUCCUCGCUCACGGCCACGUCGGAGAAGCUGUUCAAGACCGUCUUCGAGAUGCAGCCCCGCGACGCCAUGGCAGGGUCCGGUGUCACCGUGUCCAGGGAGGAGAAGGUGAAGCAAAUGCUGAGCGACAUCCUCGAGCGCCUGCCGGAGCCGUUCAACAUGGCGGAGAUGAUGGGGAAGGUGGAGGACCGAACGCCGUACGUCAUCGUGGCCUUCCAGGAGUGCGAGCGCAUGAACCAGCUCAUGGCGGAGCUCAGACAGUCUCUCACUGAUCUCGACCUCGGCCUCAAGGGAGAACUCACCAUCACGCCCGCCAUGGAGAACUUGGAGCAGAGCCUGUUCAUUGACAAGGUGCCGGAGAACUGGUCAGCCAAAGCCUACCCGUCAAUGUUGCCGCUGUCGUCCUGGUUCGCUGAUCUGCAACUUAGGCUGAAGGAGCUCGAGAACUGGACACAAGACUUCAUAAUGCCAGGUUCAGUGUGGUUGGCUGGCUUCUUCAACCCACAGUCCUUCCUCACCGCCAUCAUGCAGAGCAUGGCGCGUAAAAACGAGUGGCCCCUUGACAAGAUGUGCCUGCAGUGCGACGUCACCAAGAAAGGCAGGGAUGACUUCAGUCAAGCACCACGGGAGGGCGCCAACGUGCACGGUCUGUACAUGGAGGGCGCGCGCUGGGACGUCGGCCUGGGCUGCAUCGUGGACUCCCGUCACAAGGAUCUCUUCCCCUUGAUGCCCGUCAUCUACGUGCGAGCCAUCACCCAGGACAAGCAGGAAACUCGAAACAUGUAUCAAUGCCCAGUGUACAAAACACGACAGAGAGGCCCCACAUUUGUUUGGACGUUCAACCUCAAGACACGGGAUAAGCCGACAAAGUGGACGCUGGCGGGGACUGCGCUGCUGCUUAGCAUAUAAGUAAAGCAAGGACAAUAAGAAAUUUAAUUAGAUGACGUGUAGGAAAUUCCCCUUUAGAUCGACAGUAGCGAUUGGGGCUUCCCUAUCAAGUGGUGAGUUCAUUUCAUUGUGUUGCUUCAUAUGCUUAUUUUUGUUGUGUUUUAUGUGUGUGUAAACAAGGAAAAAAAGACUGUGAUAUCUUAUUUAUAAACUGAUCUUAUCAGGCUAGAAUGCAAUUUUUCAAUAAAAUCAUGAUAAAGAAAUCAAAGGCACCACAACUUUUAUUCUACAUAUUAAUUUAAAUCACAAUAUUUGGUGACUCAGUUUUGUUCAGAGUACUUUGAAAAUACUUACAAAUACAUGUCAUAGAAUUUACAUCAACUUUACACAAAGAGAGUAGGGGUAUGGUGUGAUUCUUUCACACUUCCACCUGCUCCCCAGGAAACCUGAAAUGUAACUGUCUAAAUUUUAAAAAGCAAGAAAGGAGUAUUGUGAAGUGAAGAAAACACCCAUUCUAAAUCACAAUUGUUUCUUUGUGCAACAUUGUCACCAGAGUACAAAUACUUUUAAGUACCAAUAAAGCUCAUAUUUAUCACUAUAUGCCACCCCAAAGCACAUCAGAAUGUAACACUCUUAAUGCUAAACAACAUUGUCCUAAAAAAUUGUUUGAACAUAGCCUACUGCAAAAUAUAUACGAUAAUAUAUAAAAUCUUGAAGAAAUUGAAUAUUUAAUAUUGAGUAAUAGAUAUUAGGUA